UCAAAGCUGUGUGAAAUAGAAAUAAAGUGUCCAAAACAGGCUGCCAAUCCGCGCUCGUGCUGAAGACAGACACCAUGACGUCAGCGGCGCCCAGCUCCAGACGCUCGUGUCCGCGCAACCGUGAACGAGCCCGAGAGGAAGAAAAACUCUAGCACGCUGGCAAACGGGGUCACGAACUAUGACCUUUCACUGGAGUAAAACAAUAACAAAUAAUGUGCAAUAAACCCGAGAUCAAAAAACACGCGUGCGUUCAUAUCACAGGUGGAGGUGUUGUUGACAGAUGCAGAGCUGGUCCAAUCAGACACUUCUAAUGACCUCACAUCACCAUGACAACCAAUAUGGAGGUGCUGGCUCAGCAGAUAUUGACCACUGAGCAGGUUUCAGAGGUACAGUCUUCUCCGUCAGACAGCUCAGUGAUGAGCACCUCUCCCCAGCGCAUUCAGAUCAUCUCCACUGACCCCUCCGUCACGACCCCGCAGAGAAUACAGAUAGUCACUGAGCAGCAGACGGGACAAAAAAUUCAGAUAGUGACGGCACUGGACUCCACCGUGCCCAAACAGCAAUUUAUCCUGGCAGCACCUGAUGGCUCUUCAGCAGGCAAAGUCCUCCUGGCAUCACCUGAGAGCACUAGUGCCAAACAGCUCAUCUUUGCCACUGCUGACAGCCUGGUGCCCGGCCGAAUUCAGUUUGUGACAGAUGCAGUGUCAGUGGAGAGGCUUCUGGGUAAAGGGGCAGACAUGAGCCGAGCCCAGCCUAUAGAAUACUGCGUGGUGUGUGGAGAUAAAGCCUCAGGGAGGCAUUAUGGGGCAGUCAGCUGUGAAGGUUGUAAGGGCUUCUUCAAGCGAAGUGUGCGCAAGAGUCUGACAUACAGCUGCCGCAGUAACCAGGACUGUGUGGUCAACAAACACCAUCGCAACCGCUGCCAGUUCUGCCGUCUCAGGAAAUGCUUGGAGAUGGGCAUGAAGAUGGAGUCUGUACAGAGUGAGAGGAAACCCAUUGAUCUUCCCAGAGAAAAACCUGCCAACUGCGCAGCAUCCACUGAGAAAAUCUACAUCAGGAAAGACCUGCGAAGUCCCCUCAUUGCAACGCCAACCUUUAUCACUGAGAAAGACGCUUCACGGUCCAGGCUGUUGGACUCUGGGAUGCUUGUCAACAUCCAACAACCCUUAAUACAGGCUGAUGGCACAUUACUAUUAGCAACUGACAAAGCAGAGUCAGGACAGGGUGAUCUGGGGACGCUGGCUAAUGUGGUUACGUCAUUAGCCAACCUGAACGACUCGCUUAGUAAUGGAGAAACGACAGACGAUCAGAUGGAGGAAUCACCCAGUGAAAUCACACGUGCCUUUGACACGCUGGCUAAAGCUCUGAACCCCAGUGAGGCGGCGGAGGGGCGGAGCUUGUCGGAGGUGGACGGGGUGGGUGGAGCUACGAUACAGGUGAUCAGCAGGGAUCAGAUCACGCCGCUCAUAGAAGUCGAGGGACCUCUGCUUACAGACACACACGUCAGCUUUAAGCUGACGAUGCCAAGCCCAAUGCCUGAGUAUCUGAAUGUGCAUUAUAUCUGCGAGUCUGCGUCACGCCUUCUCUUCCUCUCCAUGCACUGGGCGCGCUCUAUCCCAGCAUUCCUUGCUCUUGGGCAGGAGUGUAACACAGCUCUGGUACGAGCUUGCUGGAAUGAGUUGUUUAUUCUGGGUCUGGCGCAGUGCGCUCAGAUCAUGAGCCUGUCCACCAUUCUCGCUGCCAUCGUCAAUCAUCUGCAGUCCAGUAUCCAGGACGUAGACAAGCUAUCGAGUGAACGCAUUAAACUAGUCAUGGAGCACAUAUGGAAGCUGCAGGAGUUCUGCAACAGCAUGGCAAAGCUACAGACGGACGGAUAUGAAUACGCCUACUUAAAAGCUAUUGUCCUCUUCAGUCCAGAUCAUCCAGGUUUGAGCAGCUGUAGCCAGAUUGAAAAGUUCCAGGAAAAAGCGCAGAUGGAGCUCCAGGACUAUGUGCAAAAGACCUAUCCUGAAGAUACCUACAGGUUGGCUCGGAUCCUGUUGCGUUUACCAGCGCUGCGGUCGAUGAGUUCCAAUAUAACUGAGGAGCUGUUUUUCACCGGCCUUAUCGGCAACGUACCGAUCGACAGUAUCAUCCCAUAUAUCCUUAAAAUGGAGACUGCUGACUACAACAGCCAAAUGACAGGCCCGGCUGUGUGAGACUGAAGUCAUGCAACUCCCAUCAUCCCUCGCCCUCACGCUGACUCAAAUAUAUCACAUUAUAUUGAACCGACCAACAAGCUCUACCUCAAGAGGAGCUGCAACAGUGAAAGCCUUUCAGUAUGUGACCGUUACCCUAGAAAUAUUGUGUUGUAGUUUACAGAAAGAUGCAUUAUGGGACUUUGAGUUCCAAAGACAUUUGCCUGAAAAAUGCCUUUCUUUUUUUAAACCAUGAUUUAAAAACAUUUGAGCACUUCAUGAUGAUUCCAAUGGAUACAAUCCAAGACAUUUUAAACCUCCAAAUUUUUAUUACUUAUGAGGACAAUAUCUACAGCAUUGAACGAUCCUUUCCCAUGGAAGACGCGAUCCUUGAUCGAAUGUAACAGCUGAUAUCAAGACAGUCUCUGGAUCCCUGAAUAUUCUCAGAGUCCGGGUCACAUUUAUGAAUUCCAUUCGGAUCUGGUUUAAAACUUCUCCCUGAUAAUGCAGUUAUUGAUAUGAAUGGGAAUAUUCUGUUCCCACAGAUCAUUAUUGCCGUCAUGACAAUCAGCUUCUCCUCAAUAUCCUUUAUUUAUUAUUUCAUUGAGUCUAACUCUAAAGUCCACACAUGUAGAAGAUCUGAUCUGCUUGAUUUCAAAAAUCAUCUGUUAUUAAAUUACAUAUUUGAUCAGUUUCUUUAUAGCAUUCGACCGCUGCUGCAAUGUACAAAAGGUGUCGUUUCAGAUGUAAUAUAUGCACAACCAUGAUGGUUUAAUGCACUUAGAUUACUAACAUGCUUUAAUUUGCAGAUCUGUGCACAGUUAGACUUUUGUAAAUUUCAUUGUCAUUUCAAAACAACAGAAUGUCUCAUUUUGUCCCAGUUUCAGCAACUGACAACAUGCACUUAUUUAACAGGAUAUAUUAAUCUAGGCUAUAUUUAUUUGGGUUUAAAAUUAGUAGCUUGAAAAGAAAAAGUAAAUAUACUUGAACUUCCAGACUAUGUUGGGCUGACACAUUAUUGCUUUUUAUGUCCAAACUAACUAUAAAAUAAUAAACCUCACACACUCACUGUAACAUGGUAAAGCAUGUCAAGUCAGUGUAUAUUUAAUCAUUAAUGCCACACUUGUGAGGUGAGCAGAAGCAUUUGAAUGCUCUAAAUUAAUUUCAGGUUCAGUUCUCACCACCAACUGUAAGAUCUGCCCAAAAUGUGCCUCGUAUUUGGAAACCCUCAAACUAACUCACAAAACUGGUGAUUUUGCAUUUCCUGCAAGACCAUUUUGGGCUGAACUCUGAACAUGUUUGAGUCUAAAUAAAUUUCUUGUGAAUCAAGUAAAACUACAUUAUUAUAAAGCGAUUGCUGUUGAAUUGAUGGCCAUUGACAAAUAUAUAUAUUAUAUUUAAGAGAGUAUAUUCAGUUUGCAAAUGAGUGUACAAACAUUGACAUCAACUUUAAUCAUCAGCAAUGUCAAAAUUAACCUUUAUAGCAGUUGCUCAAACCCUGUCUGACAGUUCUGACCUCGAGAGAGUUUCUGUUUCCUGUAAGGUUUAUCCUUUUUACAGUUCAACCCUACUUGGUCUUAUUGUCAAAAAAAUAUAUAUAUAUUUAUUGUUUGAAAAGCAUGACCCCAUACAAACUGUUCUUUUAUAUGCUUUUAACACUAGCAGACAACUGUUUUAAACAAAAUUGUGUAUGUGUUUUAAGAUGCCUAAAGUUUUUGGUUUCAAUCCGUCUGUGACUGGUUUAUAGGUGUUGUAAUGCCAUGUUGUGAUUCUCUGUUUUCAUCUGUCUGUGAGACGAUAAGAAAAGCUGUGCAUGAACUAGCUUAUAAAUUUUAUUAAAUUAUAUACUGAUGUGGAGUUUAAA